AGGACAAAAACUGGAUUAAUGGCAAUACCAUUUCUCAGUUUCGGCGCAUGCAUGACGCUAACUUCCAGGAUAUAAAGCUUCUAGGGCCAGACGAGCUCGUCGACAUUCGCUACGCCGAUAUCCUCGCCAACCCCAUGGAGACUUUGAGGAGCAUUUACGAGAAGCUCCAUAUUGACCAUCCCCUUCCCCGUACCCUCUUCAUAAGCUUUGACGAGACCUUGCGGCCCGCCAUUCUUGCUUAUCAGGAGGCCCAGAAACAAUUUAAGGUCAAUCAAAACCAGAAGCUGAGUAAGGAAGAGAGGGCAGUUGUGGCAGAUGUAUGGGCAGACUACUUUGCCCAUUACAAAUACAACCCAUGA